CCAAACCUACAUUCACUGGGUCCUGAUUGUGACAGUGGAGCCCAGUUUGCACUGCAGGAUCCAGAGAUGACAUCAGUGAAGCUGGAAGACUGCAGUCAAACAAUGGAGCUGAAUGUCAGCAUUAAAGACGAAGAAGAUAAGAUUGGGAAAUCUCUUUCUCAAGGAGACCAUGUUGAGACAUUCUCUACAUUCAGAGAGAAACAGCAGGAAGAUCACAGAGCUAAGAGGUCUCACCACUGCCCACAUUGUGAGGAGAAUUUUUCAAUUCUAUCAAAGCUAAAAUUACAUGUAAAAAUACACACAGGAGAGAAUCUGUUUUCCUGUACUGACUGUGGGAAGAAUUUCACAACAUCAAAGGCUCUGGCAGUUCAUCAGAGAGUGCACAGAGGAGAGAAGCCUUACUCCUGCUCUGACUGUGGGGAGAGUUUCUCUCAACUGUGCACCUUAAAAAGACAUGAACGUAUACACACAGGAGCGAAGCCUUACUCCUGCUCUGACUGUGGAAAGAGUUUCUCUAAACUGUACAACUUAAAAACACAUGAACGUGUGCAUACAGGAGAGAAGCCUUACUCCUGCUCUGACUGUGAAAAAUGCUUCAAAAGAUCAACUGCUCUAAAAGUUCAUCAG